ACUCCAAACCUAGAGGGGUCUUUUGAUGUUAAUCCUUAAUAAAAUCACAAAUUCCAAAUAUACGGACACAAUGUGAAGUGAAAUGCGAAGAGACAGGGGAGAGAGAAUGUGAUGGCAAACCCUCGAAGGAACAGCCAGAGCUUAGAGAACCCAUUCCACAGCCAAAGCAUCCAAUUCUCCUCAGCACUAGUCCACUUUCUGAAGAAGCCGCAUGCCUUCCCUUUUCUGCUCUCCAUCUUCCUUUUGCUCACAUGGGUCUCUCUCAGACUCCAACACUCCUCCUACCUCUCCUCUGCUCCUUCCCAUAUUUCUAAAGACAAAGACAAUCGCCUCCCCCAUAAAAAAUGGAGCCAAUUGAGUGAUUCCAGCGCCAAUCUCAUUAGGUUCAGCUCUGGGUUUCCUUCUCGGAUUGCAAAAGACAAGAGGGGAUGGCUGCUCGACCCCAUCUCCCUUGCCCUUGAUUCUGGCAUUUCAGGUGGAGCUGUAAGCUGUGUUUCAAUUCAUCUUGGAGAAAUCCAACCUGGUGGUUUGAGGGGAAAUCACAGGCACCAUACUUGUAAUGAAACAUUUGUCAUAUGGGGUGCUGAAACCAAGUUUAGGCUGGAGAACCACCAGGUGGAUGGCAGUGGUUAUGCUGAAGUGACCAUUGGUGCAGAUGAGGUUGCUGUUGCAGGUAGCCCAAGCGGAACUGCCCAUGCUUUAAUAAAUAUAGAUCCAGUACGGAGUUCAUACUUUAUAGGAUGCCAAGACAGCAUCAUAAAUUAUAACAGCUCAAGUACAGAUUUUAAUGUCUGGAAAAAUCUGUGAGUAAUUUUUUUAUAUUAGUCCAUCCAAGCGACUUAUUCAGUAACUUGGAGUCUAACAUGAAAAAUCGUUGUCUUUCUCUCUCUCCUAGCUUGCAAUUUACAAGACUAGGGCAUUGGCAGAGUACAUAUAGACUAUCUAACAAGAGUUUCUUAGCUUCUAUGUAUAUAUGUGUUUUCUUUUUUAGCAUGUGAUUGGCAGUGCUGGGGCAUUGCAAGAUUACAAAUAGACUAUGGAACAUAUUUUCUUAGGCAUUUUGAAUACGUGUACUGUUUCGUCCGUA